AUGAAGUCCAUUGCCCUUUCUACUCUUUCUCUUCUCCCAUGCGCGCUGGCACAGACAGUAUACCUGGCUGGUGACUCCACCAUGGCGUCGAGCACUCCCGGAUGGGGCGACUACAUCGCGGACAGCCUCUCCGUCGAGAUCUCAAACCAGGCUGUCGGUGGCCGCAGCGCACGCUCCUACACCAGAGAGGGCCGUUUCCAGGCCAUCGCCGACUCUCUCCAAGAAGGUGACUACGUCGUCAUCGAGUUCGGACAUAACGACGGCGGUUCCCUUUCCGAAGACAACGGCCGCACAGACUGCCCAGGUACCGGUGACGAGACAUGUGAGACCACGUACGAUGGCGUCGCCGAAACCGUUCUUACCUUCCCCAAAUAUCUGGAGAACGCUGCGCAGCUGUUCCUGGAUAAGGGUGCUAAGGUCCUGAUCUCCAGCCAGACCCCGAACAACCCCUGGGAAACCGGCGAGUUUGUCUAUGGCGCGAGUCGCUUUGUUGAAUACGCCCAGUUGGCGGCUGAGACAGCAGGCGUUGAAUAUGUGGACCACGGGGCUUAUACAGCUGCCAUUUUCGAGUCGUUGGGUGCGGACACAGUCAACUCGUACUACCCUAACGACCACACCCACACCAAUGAUGCAGGCUCUGAUGUCGUUGCCGACGCAUUCCUGAAGGCUGUUACAUGCAGCAGUGUUGCUCUGAACGAUGUGUUGUCAACAAGUGAUUUCGCUGGCGAAUGCUUGUAG